AUGGCGCAGCAAGACGCCGUCCAGAAGGCGACGAACGAACAACUCGCCGCCAUCGCCGCCAUCUUGGCUCCUUUGGCCAGAAACUCAGGCGAUCCGGCCUCGACACUUACCGAACAGCCGGCGCAGAAAACACGACGAACACAAAAGCCGCCCAGGUUCAAACACCUGGUGGCGACGAACGAGCAACUCGCCGCCAUCGCCGCCAUCUUGGUUCCUUUGGCCGGAAACUCAGGAGAUCCGGCCUCGACGGUCCGAAAACAGCUGUUCAACACAUACCGAACAGCCGGCGCAGAAAACACGACGAACACAAACGCCGUCCAGGUUCAAACACCCGGUGGCAUAGAUCUCGUUACCGUCCGGGAACUCGCCGAACUUAAGCAGUCGUUCCUGGACAUGAAAGACCGAAUGCUUGAUGGACCUACUUUGGCGCCGUUAAUCGAACGCGUCCUCGCCGAAACCCUAAAAACCCCCUUUUCUCGGCGAAUCACCGACGUACGGUACCGACCAGCCGAGAAAAUCCGCCUUCCGACUUUCGCUGGAAAGGCAGACCCGACUGACCAUAUCACCGCAUUCAACAUCGCGAUGGGUCGAAUUAAAUUUUCCGAUGAGGAAAGAGACGCUGGCUACUGUCGGCUCUUCGUUGAGAGUCUUCAAGGACCAGCCCUUGGAUGGUUCACUGGAUUGGAACAAGAUUCCAUCAACGACUUUCACGACCUGACGUCCGCGUUCCUCAAGCAGUACAUUAUGUUUACGAGACAAGGAGCGACCCUAUCCGACCUUUGGAACCUAUCUCAGGGAGCGAACCAAAGCCUCCGCGACUUCAUGGAGAAGUUCAAAGCUGUCGCUUCGAAGGUGCAUAUCCCGGACAGCAUCGCCGUUGACGCCUUGAUGAAUACCCUAUACUUCAAGUCCCUGUUUCGCGAGGAUCUCUACAGAAACCCCACAAAGUCGCUUCAAGAUGCUAUCGCGAGGUCGAACAACUUCAUCCGGAUGGAAGAGGACACAGCAGCGAUACUCAAGAAAAUGAAUGCGGCCGCUAAACCGACGACUGCUCCAAAAGCUCCUGAGCCACGCCAAGAACCCCGACAGCACGCCACAUGCAACAAGCCCAAUCAGCAGAAAAGAUUUGUCUACGUCGUCGAAUAUAAAAACCCGCCCCCGGGGUCGACUGUCGUCGUACGCGAGAAGGGUUGGAACGUCUGGGAGAACGACGAGAAGCCCUUCCAUAAGUCCAAGGCGCACGAUACGAGGAACUGCAGGCAUCUGGUCGAUGCGCUCUUCUCAUCUUACGAAAAUGGAAUAGCCAACGUCGAGCUUCCCAAGCUUAGGCAGAACAACACCAAGAGCUGGAGCAAAAACAAAGAAACGAAAGCUCAUAAAAAUCAAGACAAGGCCGGAGCCCGACCCAAACGCGUAGAAGAUGACAAACCAGAGGAGCAGGACGAAGAUGAGGGCGAAGCGCAAAUCAAAGAAGAGCAACCUCAUAACCGUCGACGCGUCCAAGUUAUCCUCGCACGACCAAGUUCCUCUUCGGACGAAGAAGAGGACAGCAAAGGCCGCGAUUCGCACGAAUCUUCCAACAAGCGACCAAGUGAAAACGGCAGACCGGAAGAGUCAAAUGACUUGAGAAACAAGCUCAGGCGAAAGUCGCAGACAAUCGACCGUGUAAGAGUGAGUCGAAGAUUCCAGUGUUCAACCCCAGCUCAAGCCACGGGUCGUUGA